AUGCCGACAAUGUUAUCUCAUGUUUUGAAGUCGCUCGUUGUGGUGCUGGCGUUCAGCGCUGGCACCGUGUCGUCCCAGAGUUCAUCAAAUUCGCUCGUGAGCCGUCGCCUCACCGAGUAUCUAAUGCCGGCUGCCUCUGAGACUCACGAGUUUGCCCGCGUGCCGGGCACGAAUUUUGUACUGCUGUCGCAGAUGUCUGACAGCCAGCUUAUCAAGAUCGAGCUGAAUCCGAUCACCGAAGAACCCAUCGCUUUCCAAUCAUUUCCUAUGGGAAAAAACAGCAAGUCAGGACUCCAUGGCGUGUGGCCUUCGGAGGUAUACCCUGGGAAGAUGUGGCUAUCGCUACAGUGGGAAAACAAGUUGGUGCUUGUCGAUCCAGGACAGAAUCUCUCGGCCGUCCCGUCCAUCAUCAAGACCAUUGAUAUCCCGGAGCCAGGAAACGGCCCGCAUUGCAUCUUUGAGAUUGGCAAUCGCGUCUGGGCUGGCCUUAAGGAUGCGUCCAAGCAAACUGGCCAGUACUAUGUCUUCUCAGCAGAUAUCUCUAACUCCACCGACAAGAAGCUGUACCCGUGCCUCAAAAGCCCUGUGUUUAUCAAGGAGGAGCCAGCCACCAAGUUAAUCUAUGUCACCCAAGACACAGAGUCGUCGAUCAUGCGCAUCAAUGCCACCAGCGGCGAGACAUCACAGCUGCCGAUUCCACCAAAUGUCGGGAGCACGCCUGUCGGAAUGGCCACUGCCCACGGUCCCAUGAAUGGAGUCUGGUUUAGUCUCGCUGGCAAUGCAACCGGCGGCUCUGGUUCCUUUGGCCACAUCGCAUCCACUGGCGAGAUGCGAUUCUUUAAGCUUAAGAAGCCAUAUCUGGGCACCAAUGCUGGUUUGUUGCAUAUCGCCGACGCGUCAACCGUUGCAGGCGGCCCGGCUUUGUGGCUUUUGUCGACGUCGCUGCUCAGCACUAACUCGCCAGAUGCUCUGAUCCUCGUGACUUUUGACGAGGCCGUCACAAAGAUUACUGGCGAGGAGUAUAUUUCCAUGCUUACGCAGAAUGCCAUGGUGCAUCGCGUGGUGCCCAUGGAAUCCACGGUUUUGGUGUCCCAGCUUCACACGUUUGCACUUGCUCAGCUCUCGUAUAACAAUACGGUUGCUGGGCAUUGGCUUCCUGCUGAGGCCCUCAGUAACACUGCUGUGUAUACCGAGGCAAGUUAAAUGGUUAUUUUUGGGUUGAAGCCCUAUGGAUAUAUUAGUUACACGUAAAUAUAAUUGACCAGAGCCGAUUAAAAGUAUAUUAUUCUUAACGCCUCUUGGGUGGCAGAGAGCAACGCUGGGUUUAACAUGUAAUGGACGAGCGAUAGAAAUAAUUACCCUGUCUUGCAGCCAAUUUAAUUAUGUAGAGUCUAUAGCCAACUUAAAGGCAAGAGCAUAUAUUAUUAGUCUGUGAAUGACACGAAAGUAGAAAGAGCGCCGGU